ACGGACCUCGUCUUGGCCAACUUUUCGGCAAUAGUAGGAAGGUAAAAAAACAACGGAUUAUGCACCCUAUAAGAAAUCAAAAAUGCGCCAAGGGUUUCAGCCAUUUCCUAGCUAUGCAUCUUCUGCACGCCGUUGAAUUGAGCGAAAAUUGCGUCGCAGCUGAAGUUGAGAAGACACAGAAAGGUAGCAGCCAGCUGUUAUAAUACUUAAGAAAAUCGAAAGCAUCUUGUAGCGAAAACAGUACACAAAUAGGACGAAAAGGAUGUCCUUUUGUGCUGUUCUAGCAGACAAUAGAACAAAUUGCAUUUAAAACCCGUUACAACGGCGCCCAAGAUACCGUUUCAUCCUCUGUUCUGGCAUUGUGAUAAGCGCCAGGUGAUACCGGUUACACGCAAAAUUAUCUAUUUGCGUGCCAUACUGUAAGCGUUGAUUGCUAUCGAUGUGUCCUACCUGUACAACCGACUAAUAGCAAUAACAAAACUAUCACAUUAUUUCUAUACAUUGCAGUAUUAUAUAAAUGGUUGUGCUUUUAUUAUUAUACACAUAUAAUUAAAAUGUGUAAAAUCUUGAUUUAAUUAGAAAGUUUAUGUUGCUGUUGACCGAUGUGUAUGAGUAUACAGACCAUUUCAAAAACAAAACCAUCGAAAUCGAUUUCUGCUGCCAUUGAAAGGUUUCAUUCCAGACAUGUCUUGAGAGAUACGUCACUUCUGUUGUAAGUUUGACGAACUGUAGGCUAGUUUGGAAGCGAGUGCGCUACGUACAUUGUUCUUUAAUUAUAAUACAAUAGUUAACAGGACAUUUAUUUGCUGUGUGAUUGUAACAACGUAAAAAAGGAACAUAGAGUUAAUCCAUUUGUUUUAACCCAGACGAUCGUGAAAAUGGCAAAACAUACUAUUACGUCUUUAGCAUUUAAAAUAAUUAUUGGAGUAGCUAGUGUUAUGCUUAUGCUGCAUUAUGCACCCAUUUCUGAAAUACCUAGCAUGUAUGCAGUAGAGUGCUACCAAAGCUAUCAUGUAUCGCACCACUCCAAAUUGUACGAUUUUGUGAUGAUGACAGAAACUGCAAAUAAGUGGAUGAAAUUCGUAACUUUCGUCGCUACAGACCACAAACCCAUUGGAAUCGGCAAAAUAUAUAAGACUGUAAUAGACACAAAUAUAUUUCUGCUUGCUGUUGUUGAGCACCAGCAAGGUCAAUAUGCUGCUUUGGAAACGAUGAGUAAAGAUAGCACACCGCAGUUUCGCAUUGAAAUACGCUUUACCAGUGAUCUUUAUGCACCAUGUCAAAAACGGCAACAAAGUGAUUUCGAUUCACGACGUUUAGAUCUAUUUUCAUUGCUGCGCGUCAAACGGUCUGAACCGUAUGAAGUUUUAAAGGAAAGUAAUUUAAACAACAUAACGGCGAUGGCAGAACACUGCGUUUCUGUCCAACAGCAAGCUGCUAGCCCUUCAAAUAGAAUCAAUACAAAUGGGUUAACAUUAAAAAUAUUGUUGUUACACGACUCAUUGCUAUUUCAGAACACCAUCGGAGCGUUGUAUCGAUACUCUUUGAGACGGCAUCUCAGACGGUCCUUGGCUAACCUGGCGUACGUAUUACCACACUUAGAGGAGCAUGGACGUACCUUAUCACCAUCUGCAUGCUUAAACCACUGACCUUACAAAAAAUACACACGUUUUGUGAUUUAAAUCCAUUCUGCAAGUGGAUUUUCGGUCGGUCGUUCAUAUCUUCGAAUCAUCGGUAGCAUGGAUGUGUUGAAAAAACGUUGAAAAUAAUCAGUAAGUUGCUAAAUCAGAAGCAGUAAAAACAAUCGAAUUAGAACUACCGUCGGAUAGAGUAAACCAAAUAUUCAUACCUUCAUCAUAUCAGAUAGGUCGAAGCCUCGAACAUCUUUUAAAAGCGUGAGUAUCAUCAAAAGGGAAAGCGGCAACAUGAUGAUCCACCGGUUGUGAUCGCUCAUUCUCAACUGUGAAUUAUCGAUGUGUAAGCACUACAAACAGGUCACAUUUUGCAAAAUAUCAUGGUGUUUUGAAGCUUACGAAAACAUCACGCUCUAUCGAGUAGUUACAUCAAUACACGACACAUACAAAACAGAUUUAAUAUCUAAUGACUGCAAUAAUACCGAUUUGGUCUAGCUGUUCCAUCUGUAGUAGAAUUAAAAAAAUCGUUCUAAAAACAGGA